CAUUGCCGAUAGAAAUCAGUAAAUUGUUACAAAAUGAAUUGUGAUAAAACCAAGGUUUAUUUAAAUAACAAUUUCACAUUGAGUUGACCAUUUUCAAGCUUCAAAGCUUAUAUCAAUAGCAAUAUUAAAAAUUGUCCUCAACCAAAAAUCGUUUUACAGUAGCUUAAUAGAUGUGAUUACCGUUUAAUCCUCACCUUGGUUGAUAUAAAUUAAUCCUGAUUCAUGGAUGAUUCCAAUGUGCCUGUGUGGUAAACCUAUCCGAGUCUAACUUCACCGGUUAUCAGAUCUCUAACUGUUCUGACUCUAUUGAUUCAGUUUUAACAUUAGUAAAUCGUUCAAGUUGUUCAAGUUGUUGCCUCACAGAUUCAGUGCUUCAAGAUGGACAAGAAAGGAUUUUUGGAGUUCAUGAAAUUGUUGAAAACCGAUUUGUGUCUGACGCUAUUCAUGAUUGGGUUCAUGCUGCAUAAUGUGACGGUAACACAGUUGAUGGAGGACAAGAUGUGCCUAAGUCAACUUGGACUGGAUAAAGAGUUUUGUUCAAAAUUAACUGAGUUACACUCAAAUGAAACAUCAACCAAAGCGAUUCUGAAAAACGCCAAUGUCUUCAAAAACGGACAAUUCAUUAUACUUAACAUUCCUGCUUUAAUAUUGUCCAUUUUUCUUGGUUACUGGUUGGGAAAUUAUCCUAAAUAUAUUAAAUUUAUGAUUAUACUUCCAUUGGCGUCCAGUGUUUGCAUGAUGCUUUUGUUGUUGAUAAACGCUUUUGCCUUCAACAUUCCCUGGCAAAUCCUACUUUUAUCAUAUUUACCGGUCGCGUUGGGUGGCGGCACUUUCCUAAUAUUUGCCUCUUGUUAUACUUACAUAUCGUGGUCAACACCAAAUGAAUUGCUCAUCGUUAGGUUUGCUGUUCUUGAAUUUUUAGUUCAAGCAGGUACUCUUAUGGCUACUUAUGCUGGAGGAAAAAUACUCUCUAUGGAACCAUGGAUUAAGGGUCAAAACAAAAACUACAUUGGCGUAUUCCUUGUAGCUUUGGUCAGUUUGGUGUCUGGAUUGAUUUAUGCCUGUUUAAUGACACUUGAGUUUACCCCUUCAACUGAACCCGAUAAAGAUAAAUUAUCAUUUUUCCAAGUUCUUAAAGAUGUUUUCCAGAUUGGACGAUUUAAACAGCUUGUAAAACUAUUCACUAAACAAAGGCCCAACAACGGAAGGUUACGUUUAAUCCUGUUAAUAACUUCUGGAGCGGUUUGUUUGGCUGCUAUUUUGGGUGAAGAUGGUAUUGCUUAUCAGUUUGCUCAAAAGGUAUAUGGAUUGACCCAAGAUCAAUACACUUCAUUAUACUCUAUUUUAUGCAUCGCUCCAGCCAUAGUAACCUCAAUAGGUCCUCCAAUUGGUAGAUCAUAUUUCGGCUUCUCUGACUCUAUUAUUGCUAUUCUGGGUUGUAUUUCACUGAUAGCCUUUUAUCUGAUCAGAGGUUUGAUAUUGUCAGUUCGAGGUUAUAUCGCUGGUUUCUUGAUUGGCGCAUUUUGCCGGAUAGCCACAGCCGCUAUUAGAUCUUUGGUGUCAGGAAUGGUUGAUUCAGCUGAAUCUGCUCAAGUGUUUACCCUCGCAACUGCUUUUGAAAAUUACAUCUCAUUAGGAGCCACUUUGUUUUACACUUCUGUUUUCAGUGCAACAAUCGGUCAUCAUCCUGGUUUGGUUUUAAUUUUAAUCGCCUGUUGCUUGAUCUAUCCAUUGACAAUAGUUUGUUGGGUUGAAUAUACUCGUUCAGAAUGGCAGACAAAAUCCAAUGAUGAGGUUGUUUCCACACCUCGCUCGUCAAUCGCAAAUGUGAUACUAACAUUGGACAAUCUUAAAACCAAUGAUCCAAUCUCUAGUUGAAAUGUCUUCAAAUCUGUUCAAUAUUUCAAUCUCAUUGAAUUUCAAUUUCAAUUGUUCAUUGAAUGGUGUCCGCAGUGUGUAUUUAUUUUCAAUGAUUUCAAUGGUACGAAAAUUGUCGAUAACUGUCACA